GUCGCCGCUCCGGCCAUGGCGGGUGGCGUGGCGGGUGGCGUGGCGGGUGGCGUGGCGGGUGGCGCGGCGGGUGGGGCGGACGGGUCGGGCGGCUGGGCGGCGCCGCCGCCGCUUCAGACCAAAAAGACCUCGCGCGAGCUCGAGCGGCUGCAAGACACGCUGACGCCGGGAGGGCGGGACGCCGCCCCUUCUGGCGCCGGCAGGCACGCGGCAACGAACGGGCGAAAUCGGGCGCAAAAGAUCCCGGCGCAGUGAGGGGGCGGGGAGGGGCGCGCAACGCUGGACAGGCUAGCGAGGCGUCCACGCACGCAAUAUUUGUCGAGAUCAGCUGAGGAGCGUCUCAGCGGCCUCCUGUCUGGGUGGGGGAGGGGACGACUAGGCAUUGGCAUCGGCUCUCGAGGCAUUAUGCGUCGGGGUCCAGCGGGGUCAGGCGCCCGCGCCCGUCAAGAUGUAAGUGCGUAGGUUCUUGCUCUCUCUCACAAGUCACAUGUGAGUGUCUGGCCCGUCUGAGUCCGCGUGCCGUGCGAUGGUGCCACGGAGUGUCAGUCAAACGCAUGUCCAUGACCACACAUACCCGGGUAAGAUAUUUGUGCUUUGCUCGUAACACUCGGCCCAACCGGCCAAC